GUAUGCAAAAUGUUCAAUAAGAAACCUUAUUUUUCCCAGCCUUGGGAAAUUAAUGAGAGUGCAAAAGCGGAAUAUCAGGGAAAACAGGUACCAGGUACCAUUCCAAAUAUUCCCCUGGCAUCCCUACGUAUAACAGAGUCAGAUUGCACAUUGCGACCAAGGAAUGAUCAAAAAGGAUUGUUCAGAAAUAAUGGAUACCUGCAAAGGCCUGCUGUUCCACCAACGUCCUCGACCUCGUUUGACUCGCAGAUGCCUCCCAGAGUAGGACACCACCAAGCGGCAUCCCUGGCUUUUACCCCUAAAUUCCAACCGCCAGAGAGAAAUAGCAGAUUACUCACUAGAGAAGAUACUAAGUUUCUUUUCCAGCCCUUGGACAGGCCCACCUCUCACUGCCAGUCUCCAACAGGCCUCCUUAAGCCAAUGCCCAUUUCCUAUUCAGAGUGGAAGAAAAUUCAUGGAGUUUCAGAGGAUACCAAUGCCUCAGUCCAAAUCAACGGAAUCUCUCAUCGCCAAAUGUCCGCGAAAAAAUACAUCUUAGACACUAAAAAACCAGUAACCUAUUCGGACUCCCAUCUGAUGUCUAAUGAUCCAAAACACAGAGAAAGUUUAGAAGAAAAUAACCAACAGAGGCAAAACACUUUGCCAAAUUUUGUGCGCAAACCGAUUGCGACAUUGCCUGGACAUUUGAAUAGCUUGUUUCCGAACGUAUCAGAUACCGGUGUGAGUAGUUUUGACAGGAUUCAAAUGCCACGCCCAACAACCCCGGACGAUGUUUCCUCCAAUAGCUCCUCAAGUGAUCAUACACUGGUAGGGAAUCACAGUCUAACGACAGAGGACACUCUGACUGAGGAGAGAUUGGGGGUGCUGAUUGAUAGCGGAGAAGACUCCUCCUCCUCCUCCCCAGAGACAGUCUCUACAAUUCGCACCUCCAGCAGAGGCCCGUCCUCUAAAGAGAAACUCUUUCACGUCGCCCCUCAAAGCCAGAAAGAGCAAGAUCUGUACCAGAAAAAAUAUAAAACACCAGAGUAUAUUAGAAGUUCCAGUAGUGACACUAGUUCCAGUUCACCAUAUCUUUCAUCUGAGGAGUACAGAGGUACAAGCGCCGCAAGUGUUCAGGAUAACAUGUCGCAUCGUUCAUCAGCCACAUACGACAGUCCACCUCUACCUCCAAUUGCUGACCACAAUGGAAACAGGGGAACCCCAGAAACACCAAGUCAACUGGACAACAUGGAAAGGCAGAUGAUGCACUGGGCAAAAAUCGGGUCCUAUGUAAGAGAGUGUUACCAGAAAAGCAAGAUAUGUGAUGUUCGAUUCUAUGUAGAGAAUGAGGUCCUAUAUGCCCACAGAGCCCCGUUAUGCACUGUUAGCCCAUAUUUUGCAUCGAUGUUCUACGAGAACAAUUUUCUGCAAUCAAAACCCAUUGCCGAGGUCCGACUGAGGGGAAUCGCCAUGCAGUCUCUCAAAAUCUUCAUGGAAUUUGUUUAUGCCGGAAAAUUGGAAAUAACCACACCAACAUUGCUGGAUCUGGUGAGAAUUUCUGGACAGUUUGAAGUCCCCGAAAUAAGGCAAAGAUGCAUCGAUGAAAUCAAUUUUCUUCACGAAGAAGACUUGAUUCAGUUACUGGUUGCCGUGCGGGAGGACCCGAGCCUCGAUUUCACGGAGCCUCUACUGCGCUGUAUUGCAGACAAAUACUUAUCCGUCUGUGUCUCUGAAAGCUUCCUGGAACUGGACGUAGACACUCUGUGCCUGAUUCUCUCAAACGACAGGCUGCUCACUCACUCUGAAAUGGACGUCUUCUGCGCAGGGAUGAAAUGGGUGAACUAUUGUCCGGAGCAGCGAUCACAGCUUCUGGAAAUGGUCAUGAAGUGUGUUCGAUUCCCUCUGAUGACGCAGACAAACUUGUUCGAGUGCCUUGAGAUGUCUAGCAUUCUGAGAACCAACGAGAUAUGCCUGAACAUGAUUCACAAGGCCAACUGGAUAAGAAAUGCCAUGGACCUGAAUAGAGAUGAUCCUCUAAACUUGGACAUACCCCUUCCCAGAGGUUGCUCCUCCAGUGAUCCUAUGAACAGCGAGGUCAAUCACACUAAUAACAACGCGUCUUCUGCCCACUUGAUGGAUAUAUCAUUUGGAAGCGCCAACAGUGAAGAGAACUGCGCCACCAUGAUUGAGUGCAGAGAUAGAAUGGAGCCCUAUUCCACCAACUUCGACCAAAUGCAAUAUGCGAAGGAAUUAGAAGUGAAGAAAAGUGAAAGGAAGAUUUUCAAUCAGUCGUCUUCAACCCGCAUUGAAAAGAACACCAUGAUCGUUGUUGACAAGAUGGUGUACGUGAUAGGACCCAUGACAGCAAUAACAGCUUUUGUCGAAGGAUGGGAUUUUGUGCAAACUUUAGGAGAAGGUGCCUAUGGGGAAGUAAAGCUGGCAGUCAAUUCAGAUACUCAAGAGGCAGUCGCUGUUAAAAUCAUUAACCUAGAGAAAAAUCCUGCAGCAGCUGAGGCUGUUCGAAAAGAAGUCUGUGUACACAAGUUACUCAGUCAUGAAACCAUCAUUAAAUUCUAUGGAUUCCGCAAGGAUGGAAAAAUUCAGUAUCUCUUUCUAGAAUAUGCUAGUGGUGGAGAAUUGUUUGACAGAAUAGAACCAGAUGUUGGAAUGCCACAACAGGACGCAAACAGAUACUUCAAACAACUCAUUAAUGGUGUGGAAUAUUUGCACACGAAAGGAGUUACCCACAGAGAUCUCAAACCAGAAAACCUCCUUUUGGAUGAUUUUGAUAAUCUUAAGAUCUCAGACUUUGGACUCGCUACUGUGUUUCGAUAUCAAGGAAAUACGCGGCAGUUAGAAAAAUGUUGUGGAACAGUCCCUUAUAUCGCUCCAGAAGUGUUGUCAAGGAAACCGUAUGAUGCAGAACCAGCUGAUAUUUGGUCCUGUGCAGUGAUAUUAGUAGCUCUCUUAGCAGGAGAGCUGCCUUGGGAUGAGCCAACGUAUGGUUGUCAGGAGUACUGUGAUUGGAAGGACUGUAAAAUCACCAAAACUCCCUGGAACAAAAUUGACAAUCUGGCAUUGUCAUUACUGAGGAAACUGCUGGUAGAGAACAGGUCCAAAAGGUAUACCAUCAGACAGAUCAGGGAUCACCAGUGGUUCAACAAAAACUUCAACAGAACAGCCCUAGGUCAGCUAAACCGCCUCCCCUCCUCGCCAACCAGCUCUCCCUCAAGUACGGGUCCCUUCAAACGAAUCUGCUCAGGAAAUGAACUCUCACCCCCAUCUCACUCAAAAGAAAGCUUCACCCACAUUUCCUCAUCUCAGCCUGAAUCCAGACAAAGGCUGGGGUCAGAGGGCGAUACCAACUCUCCCCUGGACCCUGUGGACAGACAGUUCUGGUUUUCACAACCUGUACAUCCAGAUCACAUGUUGCUAAGCAGUCAGAUCCAGGGAACACCCGGUUCUUCACAGAAUCCAUGGCAGAAGUUGGUGCGCAGGAUGACAAGAUUUUUUGUUAAACCUGAUAAAGAUGAAACAAAGGAAGAAUUGGAAAAAGUGUUUGAUCUUCUAGGAUACAGAUGGAAAUUCAAUUCUCCAGGAAUGGUUACCAUAACAACUAUGGACAGGAGGAAUAUUCCUUUGGUAUUCAAGGCCUGCUUUUUGGACAUGGGUGAAAAUCUGCUGCUUGAUUUCAGGUUAUCAAAGGGUGAUGGUCUGGAGUUUAAAAGACAUUUUACCAAGAUAAAGAAACAAAUGAAAGCUGUUGUUAGCAAGGUGCCCCCAACUUGGCCUCUUGUACCAUCCCAAGUCUCAUAACUCUGAUGUGCCAUUUUUUCGUUUUAUCUUCCUGUCACAUACCAUUAAUACAUGUAUAUCAAAGUCAUCUAUCAGUUGUUCAAUGUUAAUGAAUUAAAGCCAUUUAUAAUCAUAUAA